GGGAUCUCAUCCCGAAAAAGACCUACUACUACUGUAAUGCCGAAUGCUGCAGUCAAUAAAAUAUUGAAGGAUUUUAGCGACUUUGUUUCGUCCACACGACUUCUCCUCUCUAUUUUCCCGCGCAUAAUUUGUUCUCCGCAAUUUUUUUUAAGAAUCGAGCGAUGGAGCCCUAGAAUUUCUAAUUCAAAAUCUGUAGAUUGAUUGACUGAGUGUGAGAGCAUAGAGAGGGGAAAUGGCGAGCGAUGUGGAGCGAGGAGAAGAAGAAGAAGAGGAAGAAGAAGAAUCGGCCAGCGAGCUGUUAAGGGAUCGAUUCCGCCUCUGCACAAUAUCCAUUGCCGAAACUGAAGAACAGUUAGCAAGAGAUGUAGAAUUGUUUGCACAGCAUGCUGGUCGCAAGUCUAUAAACAUGGAAGACGUCAUACUUUCUGCUCACCGCAAUGAUCAUCUGUCUGCAUCACUGAGGUCCUUCUCCAAUAAUCUAAAAGCAAAAGAACCUCAAUCUGAUCGGAAGAGAAAGAAGAUCACGAAAAAAGAAGACAAAGCUGCUAAAGAAGUGCUCCAUAUUGAUUCCUAACCUGGAACAUGUUUAGAUCUGCAUAUAUAAGCCAUUUUGCUUCACAGAUCUAAUCCCCUUUGAAACAGAUAGGAGACAAAGAAAAUGUUUAAUAUUUAUGUGAUGUGAAUCCACAGAGAAACCUAAGAUGGUGGUUGAACAGUGCCAGCAUGUCCAUUAAACAGCCAGGAAAUUAGUCUUGUUCUUACUUCAUCUUAUGUUCAAUUUUUUUACUUUCACA